AGCAAGCCGGCUCCCCGGGGACACCCCAGGGUGGCCAGACCAGAGCGGCCACAGGUAGCCGAGCGGCCAGAGCAGGCCGCUGUACUGGGCUCUGAGCUGGCGCUAGUCCCCGCUGCGGGCAUGGAAGGCUGUGGGGCAGAGGACCUCAUGCCAGGCCUGGUCCCCGAGCUGCUGAGGCUGCAUGAGGUCCAGCUGUGCCUGGCCCAGGAGCAGCUGCUGCUGGAGGACCGCCGGCGGCAGGUCCAACUGCAGAUGCAGCUGUGGCAGGAGGAGCAGCUGUGGCUGCAGCAGCUGUGGCAGGAGGAGCAGGCCUGGGUGCGCGUGGAGGGGCUGGAGCUGGCUAUGGCCCUGGAGCAACUCCGGAGUGAGGGCCUCGAGGAGCUGCAGACCCAAGGCCAGGUCCCUGGCCCCGACAUGGCCCGUCGCUCCCAGAGCUCCUCGCAGGGGGACAACCCGCUAGCACCUGGGUACCUGCCACCCCACUACAAAGAGUACUACCGCCUGGCAGUGGACGCGCUGGCCGAGGGCGGCCCAGAGGCCUACAGCCGCUUCCUGGCGUCCGAAGGUGCGCCUGCCUUCCUGUGCCCUGAGGAGCUGGAACACGUGAGCCGCCACCUACGGCCCCCACAGCAUGUUGCUCCUGAGCCCCCAGAAGGCAGCCCUCCCAAUGUGGACUUGGAUGGCUCCUCUGGCACCUACUGGCCUGUGAACUCAGACCAGGCGGUACCUGAACUCGACCUGGGCUGGCCCCUGACCUUCGGCUUCCAGGGCACUGAGGUCACCACACUGGUGCAGCCACCGCCACCUGACAGCCCCAGCAUCAAGGACGAGGCUCGAAGGAUGAUCCGCUCUGCCCAGCAGGUGGUGGCUGUGGUGAUGGACAUGUUCACCGACGUGGACCUUCUUGGUGAAGUGUUGGAGGCUGCUGCUCGCCGCGUUCCAGUCUACAUCCUCCUAGAUGAGAUGAAUGCGCAGCACUUCCUGGACAUGGCCGACAAGUGCCGCGUCAACCUGCACCACGUGGAUUUCCUGCGUGUGCGCACUGUGGCGGGCCCCACCUACUACUGCCGCACUGGGAAGUCCUUCCAGGGCCAUGUGAAGGAGAAGUUCCUCCUAGUGGAUUGUGCCGUGGUGAUGAGUGGGAGCUACAGCUUUAUGUGGUCCUUCGAGAAGAUCCACCGCAGCCUGGCGCACGUGUUCCAGGGCGAGCUGGUCUCCAGCUUCGAUGAGGAAUUCCGCAUCCUCUUCGCACAGUCCGAGCCGCUGGUUCCCUCGGCUGGGGCGCUAGCCCGCAUGGAUGCCUACGCCCUGGCUCCAUACGCCGGCGCUGGGCCCCUCAUGGGCGGCCAAGUGACGGGGGCACCGACCCCUUUCUCCUUCCCAAAACGAGCCCACCUCCUGUUCCCACCGCCUCGGGAAGAAGGCCUGGGCUUCCCCUCCUUUCUCGACCCUGACCGCCACUUCCUGUCGGCCUUCCGCCGAGAGGAGUCACCGCGGAUGCCGGGGGGCGCCCUGGAGCCGCACGCUGGGAUGCGGCCACUGUCACGGCGGCUGGACGCCGAGGCUGGACCAGGCGGGGAACUCUCGGGCCCGCGGGGCUUCCUUCAGGCACGGCACCUAGAGAUGGAUGCCUUCAAGAGGCACAGCUAUGCGGCCGCAGACGGCAUGGGCGCCGUGGAGAACUUCGCAGCCGCGCGGCAGGUGUCGCGACAGGCGUUCCUCAGCCACGGUGAUGACUUCCGCUUCCAGACCAGCCACUUCCACCGCGACCAGCUCUACCAGCAGCAUUACCAGUGGGACCCGCAGCUUGCCCCCGCACGUCCACAGGGCCUGUUUGAGAAGCUGCGCGCCGGCCGCCCUGGCUUCACCGACCACGAUGACUUCACCCUGGGCGCCGGGCCACGCUUCCCCGAGCUCAGCCCAGACGGACACCAGCGGCUGGACUACGUGCCGUCCAGUGCGUCGCGGGAGGUGCGCCAUGGCUCGGACCCCGCCUUCGGGCCCGGGCCCCGUGGUCUGGAACCCGGCGGGGCCCCACGCCCCAAUCUGGGCCAGCGCUUCCCUUGCCAGGCUGCAACGAGGCUAGGCCCAGAGAUUGGGCCCGAGGCGGAGCCGGAGCGCAGGGGCGGGCCCGAGGGGCGGGCGGGACUGCGGCACUGGCGCCUGGCCUCCUACCUGAGCGGCUGCCAUGGUGAGGACGCGGGUGACGAGGGCCUGCCUGCACCAAUGGAGGCCGAGGCCUAUGAAGACGAUGUGCUGGUUUCUGGGGGCCGGGUGGCCGCCGGGGACCUACUUCCCUCAGCCUUCCGCGGCGGUGGUGGGGAUGGCCCAGAUCGCGAGGGCCUGGAGGAGGCAGGCCUUACCAAACAGGAUUCUUUCCGCUCGCGCUUGAACCCGCUGAUUCAGCGCAGCUCGCGGCUGCGCUCCUCACUCAUCUUCAGUGCCUCGCAGGCUGAGGGGACGGGCGGGGCCGCAGCAGCCACCACGGAAAAGGUGCAGCUGCUGCACAAGGAGCAGGCGGUCAGCGAGAUGGUGGGGUCCAGCGGCGAGGCUGUACGCUCUGCUGCCUCCACCAAGGUGGCCGAGCUCCUGGAGAAGUACAAGGGCCCGUCUCGAGAUCCCGGCGGCGGCGGCGGCGGCGGCGGCGUGGGGGCCUCAGUCACGGUGGCCAGCCAUAGCAAGGCUGUCAUGUCCCAGGCGUGGCGGGAGGAGGUGUCGGUGCCUGGUGGCACAGGGGGUGAGCGCCGCAGCCUGGAAAGCUGCCUGCUGGACCUGCGCGACUCCUUCACACAGCGGCUUCACCAGGAGGCUGAGCGGCAACCGGGAGCUGCCACUCUCACUGCCACCCAGCUGCUCGACACCCUGGGUCGGAGCGGCAGCGGCACAGACCGGCUGCCUUCCCGCUUCCUCUCUGCCCAGGGCCACUCCACCUCCCUGCAAGGGCAAGACAGCCCCCCACCAGAGGGGCCUGGAGCUCACCAAGCACCCCACUCUGAGCCAAAAGGGAGUCCCACCUCAGCCUACCCAGAGCAGAAGGGGGGUCCCACGCCUGGGUUCCCCACCCGCAGAGGCAGCCCCACCACAGCAUUCACCGAGCAGAAAGGGAACCCCACCUCUGUCUACCCUGAGCGCAAGGGCAGCCCGGUGCCCCCUGUGCCAGAGCGCAGGGGCAGCCCAGUACCCCCUGUGCCAGAGCGCAGGGGCAGCCCGGUGCCCCCUGUGCCAGAGCGCAGGGGCAGCCCAGUACCCCCUGUGCCAGAGCGCAGAGGCAGCCUCACCCUUCCCCUCUCUGGGGAGUCUCCGAAGACCGGGCCCACAGAGGAGGCGGCCGGCGGUCCCAUGGAAGUUUUGCGCAAGGGCUCCGUGCGGCUGCGGCAGCUGCUGAGCCCCAAGGGUGAGCGGCGCACAGAGGAUGAGGGCAGCUUCCCAGCUCCGCAGGAGAACGGGCAGCCUGAGAGCCCCCGGCGCCCGUCUCUGGGCCGGGUUGACAGCGCAGAGGCCACAACGGGAGAUGAGCGGGGCCCGCGGGGACGCGUAGCCUCGGCCACAGCUAACGCCUUGUACAGCAGCAACCUGCGGGACGACACGAAAGCCAUUCUGGAGCAGAUCAGCGCCCACGGCCAGAAGCACCGGGGAGGCCCCUCCCCGGCCCCGACCCCGACCCCCGCCCAUGGCAGCCCCGAGCUAGGCCGCCCACCAGCUGCCAGCGGCCUGGCCCCUGACAUGUCCGACAAGGACAAAUGUUCAGCCAUCUUCCGCUCAGACAGCCUGGGGACGCAAGGCCGGCUGAGCCGCACGCUGCCAGCCAGCGUGGAGGAGCGCGACCGGCUGCUGCGCCGCAUGGAGAGCAUGCGCAAAGAGAAGCGUGUCUACAGCCGCUUCGAAGUCUUCUGCAAAAAGGAGGAGGCCGGGGGGCCAGGGGCC